CUCAAAUCGCUGCACUCACUCUUCGGAGCCGAACUUCAAUCCAAAUUCGACAUCAUGUCACGUCCUACUCCUGAACGUCGCAAGUUCGAAGAGCUCCACCCCAGAGACAGAAAUGUCAAAAUCAACCGCAAGACCCGCAUCGAAGCCAACUGGGGUUGUGAGGUCCAGGACUGCAUUCCCAAGAAGAUCCGCCCUCGUGUCGAGCUCAAGAAAGGAGCCAAGAUCCGCAUUGGAGAUCUUGGUAGCGUUGAGGAAAUUUGGUGGAAUUGGAGCGUUGAGCUUUUACGUGGCCUCGAAGAACUGUCGACCAUGAUGGCUGGCAAGCUGCAAGUCGCUCAGGAGCUCAUGGUCCACGAGGUUCAGAAGCGUCAGGUCGACUCCAAGAACCCUCAGAGGAGGGUCGCUGAACUUCUGCUUGGUGAUAUCCAGCGUCUUGUCGACAACGUCAAGCGUCACCAGGCUGAUGAGGCCGCCAAGGGCAACCAGGAGCAAGAUGUCAACAUGACAACCCUCGAGGAGCACGAUAAUGAGCCUGGUCCUAGUGCCGACAGAAAGGAGGGACAAGCUCAGGCCCAGACCCCUGAGAACACCGAAGAAGGUCUCUCCUCUAGCAACAUGAGCUCACCUACCCCUACUUCUGCUCACGUCCACAACGGCACUCACCGGACUAAUAUCACCCCCGACAUGAAAUCACUCAGCUCGUUCAACACCCCUACUCGUCCUGCCGGAGCACGCAUGGUGCAGAGCACCAAGCACCUCAACGAGAGCAUGCAGGUCGAUGUCGCGGAGAUGCGCGCUCGUAUCGUGCGCCUCCGUGCCCAGGCUAUGCGCCUUGAGGCCGAAGCCCUCCAGCUCGAAGCUGUAGCUGCCGUUGCCAGAAAGGCACUCAACGAGUCGUGA